CAAGCAGGCUUAUCCUCCUCCGGUGGCGGCUCCACGGAUUGAAGGUAGACGUAGACAACGCUGGAGUUAUCUGCCCCCAAGGCCCAAGCCAGCUGCUCGUCCUCUGCCGCAGCUAGAUAUUUCUCUUCCGUGCAUCCCUCACCGAGCGCUGAGAGCACCCGAGCUCCAGACUCGGACAGAGCGCGCGACCGGAGGUAGGGGAGCAGCCAGUCGACACGCGAUGCAGAAGCGCGCGGUGGCAGUGAGCGCGGCGGCCGUCGUGCUCGGCCUCGCCGCCGGCGUCCUGGGGCUCGCCGCGGAGUAUGUCAACCAAAAGGCUUUCGUGAGGUCCGACGCGUUCCGCUGCGAGUACCGGCGCACGCCGGCGCUGGCCUGGGGCAUCCUCGCCGCGCUGCUCUCGCUGGCCGCGGUGGCGCUCGUCACCGCGGCCAGCGGCUGCUUCGGCCGCUUCGGCACCGCCGCCGCGCCCGCGGCCGGGAGACGGCGCGGCGGCUGCGCCAGGACGGCGUGCGCGGCAGUCGCGUGGCUGGCGGCGGCGGCGGCGGUGGCGAUGUUCCUGUACGGCGCGUCACGGAACGCGGGAGGGACGGGGGGCUUCACCGCGAUCAGGCGGCGGCCCGGGCGCAACAGCGACGGCGACGGCGACCGCCCUUUCGACUUCGUCUGCGACGAGCUCAGGGGAGACUUCGUGUUGGCGUCCAUCGCGGCCGUCGUCGCCGUCGCCUGCGCGGUCACGGCCUACGUUGACACCCUCCAGAAGAGGAACGACCAGACGGUCACGCUGGGUGGCGUCGCGAUGGGGCAACCAAGCCCGCCGGCUCCCGUGGCUUACCCGGCUCAACCGCCGCCGUACGGUGUCUACGGCGCCAAGCAACCUGCAGGGACAUCUUCUUGAGCUUUAAUCGAUGACGUCGGCUCCAACGUGUGUUUGUUUUUCUGCGUCGCAGUGCCACCACUACUUCACGGUUGUGUAUUGUUGUGGUAUUUGCCAAUUUGUAAGUGGGAUUCACACUGUGUUUUCAAGUUGUUAUAAGAAAAAAAGCAAAAUAACUUUUUUGUUGCCUGAACUUUAUUAUAAGAGUCAAAUUCCUCUCUCAA